UAACAAACGCGCAAAAAGCAGAGAGAGAGAGAGAGAGAGAGAGAGAGAGAGAGGCCCAGCGGACCAUAAAAUAAAAUAAAAUGAAAAAACUACAAACAGUUUUUUGCUUGCACGAUCUCUGAAGCAAAAUCUUUGCACGGAAAAAUAUAGCAAAAUAGAGUGGCCCUCACUCACACACACACACACACCACCCUCUCCUUCUUCCAACGGACUUCGGCUUCCUGUUUUCUCUAUCCUUUUUUUUUUUUGUGGUUAAGCACACACAUUUAGCAGCAGAACUCUAAAAGGGUAGAAGAUCUUGUUAAAAUCAUCCCUGUUUGGAGCUAGCUGCAAUUCACAUUGGUCUUCUUGCUUUGGGUUGUCUCCUCUGAAUUUUGAUUGAUUUAUCUUAUUCCUUUUUGGUGGCCGAGGAGAGUAUCAAUUUACCAAUGGCCAAAGAAAUAAGUAAGCUAGAUGAGGGUAAUUCAAGAAGAAACUCGACAGGAAAACCAAUGUUGUCAAAAAGUAGUGAAAUUGUUCCUCAUUACCUUAGAGCUUCUACUGGAUCUUGUCAUGAUUUUUGUAAGUAUGGGAGGGCACAUGCAUUUGAGGAGAAGGAAAGACAACCUAUAAAGAAAGGAAUCACCAUGAAAUCAAAUGACAGCCAAAACCUGGUUGAGACUGUUGUUUCUACGGGGAGGAAAAAGGAAUCUGUAGUUAAGCACAAACAUUCACCUGAUUCAGAAGCACAUCAACUUAAUAGCACUAACGUCAAGAUGCAGCAAAUAUUGACAAAAUCACUUGACAACCUGAGCUCUGUAGGGAGUGAUUUUCAGGCAGAGAGGAAGAAGACACCAUUGUCCAAGCUCAAAGCUUCUCCCACUUCAAAGACCCAAAUUUUUAAUGCCUCUAACUUCGAUAAGCAGCAAAUGUUGACAAAAUCACUUGACAACCUGAAUUCUGUAGGGAGUGAUGUUCGGGCAGAGAGGAAGAAGACACCAUUGGCCAAUCUUAAAGCUUCAUCCAUUUCAAAGCCCCAUAUAUUUUGUACCCCUAACAUCAACAAGCAGCCAAUGUUGAGACAACCACUUGACAACCAGAUUUCUGCUAGGAAUGUUGGUCUGGCAGAGAGGAAGAAGACAUCUUUGGCAAAUCUCAAAGCUUCACCAUCUUCAAAGCCGCAUGUAUAUGAUACCGCUAGAACCAUAAAGCAGGAAGUGUCAUCACCUACCGAAAAGCUGGAGAUCUCUUCAUGGCAAGGCUUGUCAAAAGCUAAGAAGAAAAACUUGUCUGCAAAAUCUUCUACUUCUCUUAAGCCCAAAUCUGUGACUGCGAAAAAAAUGUCAUCUGCAGACUCCUCAGGAGGUUUAAAUGGAAACAGUGAUGUGAAGAUGAGUAAGGGGACAGGUAUCUCUAAAGUGCUUGUAAAGGAAGUUUUGACAUCUCCAACAGGCUUAGUGUCCCCCAAACAUUCUGUCGGCAGAGUUUCAAGCUCAAAUUCAAGGAAGCACUGGAACCUGAAAAAAGUCAUUUCUCCUCUGAGUCAGAACAAGAUAAAGAGGCCUGAACCUAAGCAACCCAAGAAUGAUGAAGUCCAGGAAAAAACUUUGUAUGUCAUCAAGAUGGAAACUGAAAGCAAAACUUUAGAAUCUGAUCGAUAUGAAAAUUGUGCAAUCGAAUCACUACCACCUCCUCCAUCAUCAUCUCCCAAGUCUUCAUCCCUUCUGAACUCUCCAUCAUUUUCAUCCAAUGAAGAUGAGGAUGAUCAAGAGGGGUCUGAAUAUACCAGUGAAUCGGAUUUUGACUCUUCCACUGAAGACAAUGAAAUGGAACAUGCCGGAGAUGCAGAGACUGUGGAUGAAGAUGUGAAAAGGAUGGAGAAAAAGUCUGGGAUGAUUUGUAAUGAAGAUAAGGAUUGCCAGUCUUCAAAAUUAAAGUUCAGGAGGGGAAAGGUAGUUGACAUGCAAUCUGAGAAUAAUGGUCCAAGGAGGCUCAAAUUUAGGAGAGGAAGAGUGUUAGGGGAGAACCCAAAUGUCAAACCUGAUGCUCGAAGGCGAAGCUUUAAGAGGAGAGAUGGAGUUGAUGACAAUCGUACUGAAACUAAUCCAGAAACAGUCGUUUUGAAGCAUCAAGAUGUGCAGGGGAAGAAAGAAGAACAGGGUUUGUUUAACAAUGUCAUCGAAGAAACAGCAAGCAAACUCGUUGAAACACGGAAGAGCAAGGUUAAGGCCUUGGUGGGUGCUUUUGAAACAGUGAUCUCGCUCCAAGAUAGCAAACCUUCCGCAAACACAGUCACUUGAGUUUAAUUGUAAUUUUCCUUGCCGUUAACAUUUCAUUGGUUUUUUUUUUUUUUUUUUUUUUUUUUUUUUGGGGUUCUUUUUUCUUUUUGGUCCUGAGAAAAUAGCAAAAUAAACCUAAGCUUGUAUCGGAAAAAUUAUAGUAAACAAGCUUUUGGCACUGCAGAAAUGUAAAGAUAGGAUGCUUGUGUUUGGUUUUAAGCCUGCAUGUAGAGUUGAAUGGAAGUCAUGGGUGUACUGAUCUUGACAUGCUUCUUAUAUAACUCUGGAGGGUAGCAUCUUCUUGCUUCCCUUCAAAAAAACAUGAAAAGGUUUGAUUUUGAUUGUCUUUGUCAAUAAAACAUAUGAACUCAUGAA